AUGAAAGAGCAGAACUCGAAUUUCUUCUAUGACAUUUUUCUCUAUAGUGACAAUAGUCUCAAUCAUGCAUUUUGGGCGGAUGCUCGAUCAAGAGCUGCUUACGAGUAUUUUGGUGACGUGGUGUCAUUUGACACCACAUACAAACUCAACAAAUAUGAGAUGCCAGUUGCAGCAUUUGUGGGUGUUAAUCACCACGGAAGGUCAUGUCUUUUCGGGUGUGCUUUAUUAGGCAACGAAGAGACUGAGUCCUUUGAAUGGCUCAUGCAAACAUUUAUAAAAUGUAUGGAAAAAACACCAGAUGGAAUCUUAACUAACCAAUGCGGGGCCAUGGCAACAGCCAUUCGAAAUGUCAUGCCAAACACUAGGCAUAGAUUGUGCAUUUGGCACAUCACAAGGAAGAUACCCCAUAAACUUGGAAAGUUGAGCCGAUAUGAGGAAAUUAAAGCUACAAUGCAUGGGAUUAUUUGGGAGUCUCAUUCGCGAGAAACGUUUGAAAGUUCAUGGUAUGACUUCGUUGAAGAGUACACCCUUCAUGACAACAAUUGGCUUAAUGAGCAUGAAUUUUGGGCUGGCAUGAGGAGUACACAAUGGAGUGAGAGCAUGCAUUCUUUCUUUGAUAAGUACCUAACGUGUAGGAGAAGUUUAAUUCAAUUUGUGCACCAGUAUGACAAUUGUCUUGCAAAUAAGGAACAACAGGAGUUGGAAUGCGAUGCAGCAGACAAUAGGGGCCUGAUCCCAUGUGUAUCGAACUUUCCUAUUGAGAAGCAGCUUCAAUAUGAGUACACCAACGGCAUAUUUCGCAAUGUUCAAGCCGAAUUUAUCAAAAAGUGUGACUGCAACCUGUCUCCAAGGGUAGUGAAGGACAACCAAUACUUCUAUGAAGAGACUCAACAGAAGAUAAUUAAGGGGAUGUCUUUUUACAGCGAGUAUGAAGUUGUGUUUUGUCCUAUUUCGCACCAGGUUAGGUGCAACUGCUUCAGGUUUGAGUCAUAUGGUAUCCUCUGUUGCCAUGUCCUAUCGGUUUUAUCCCAAUGUAGGGUUGACAAGGUAAACUCGUCGUAUAUACUAUCUCGGUGGAGCAAGAAUGUUUAUCGUAAGCACACUCAUAUUAGAAGUAGUCACGACUCACGACGUUCUAAUGAAAGCAUGAAUAUAUUUAGGGGACUAUGUGUUGACUUCUACAAUGUGGCCCAAGACUUUGUGCAUGACAAGGAGGAGGCUGAUAUAUUGCGUUCCGCUUUUGCAAGUGCUAAAGUGGCACUUACCGAGCAUCGGGCAAAACAUUCAGAAAGCGUAUGCACAAGUGAGUGUCCUGAUGGAUUAAAUGCUUUGCGGAGCCCUCCUCAUGUGGUACCUAGGGGGCGCCCAAGCUUCAAGAGACUCGAGGUGGAUGUGGACCGAAAAAUUAAGAAUGGUACUAAGAAACUUCGAGCUAGUAGUAAACAUACAAAGAAAGUUGCAGCUGUUGAAGGAGACAAACAUUUAAACAAGGCCACCGAGAGACGCAUUACUGCUAGCAAACACCCUAAGGAUUUUGCUCAUAUUGAAGAAGACUGUUUCACCCACAACACCUUUUCUUGUAUUCUUGAACAUUUUCAUCAUGCAAAAAAUACGCAAAUGGAUUCCUUAAUCCUUAAGCUCGGGGGAAUUUACAACAUUGUUGAAUUUGUUCUAGAACCCUUCUAUUCAUGCGCACUCUUAUAG